AUGCUUUCACCAGAAAAUAGUGCAGAUGCACUUAACAAAGAGUCACGUACUGAUACAGUGAAUCUUAAUGAUAAUGAUAAUGAUAAUGAUAUUCGAAUUGAGAUUUCGGAUGCAAUCAGUGAAAAGGAUAAAGUUAAAUUUACGGUUUAUACAAAAAUUACAUCACCAAUAUUUCAAGAAUCAGAAUUUAGUGUUACACGUUUACAUGAAGAAUUCAUUUGGUUACAUGAUCGAUGCAAUGAAAAUGAAGAAUAUGCAGGCUUAAUUAUUCCACCAGCACCACCACGACCAGAAUUUGAUUCAUCUCGUUCUAAAUUACAAAAAUUAGGUGAUAGUGAAGCUUCACUAACGCGAGAAGAAUAUGAAAAAACAAAACAAGAACUUGAAGCUGAAUAUUUGGCUAUGUUUAAAAAAACAGUUUCAAUGCAUGAAGUAUUUCUUCAACGUCUUGCUGCACAUCCAAUUUUACAUAAUGAUAAUAAUUUUCGUAUAUUUCUCGAAUAUAAAGAAGAUUUAAGUGUACGUGGUAAAAAUACUAAAGAACAAAUCAGUGGCUUCUUUAAAACAUUAACAAAAACAGCUGAUGAAGUAUUCCUAGCAAAUCAAAAGGAAAGUGAUGAAUUUUUCGAACAACAAAAACAAUUUCUUUUAACUUAUAAUACAAAAAUAAAAGAUACGACAACAGCUGCUGACAAAGUAACACGAACACAGAAGACUGCUACUGAUACAUAUAUUAAAUUAUCAAUUUGGUUAAAUACUUUAUCAAGAUCGGAUAAAACUGAAUUAUCUAAGUAUUUUCUUGUAAUGGCAGAUUUUUUUGAAAACGUUCGAAAACCCGAAUUACGUAUACGAUCUGAUAUUGAUCUUAAAUUAUCAGAUAUAUUAAAAUAUUAUAUGCGUGAUACAAAAGCUGCACUUGAUUUAAUGUAUCGUCGUUCACGUUGUUUAGCUGAUUUUGAUGCAGCUAAUAAAAAUUUAGACCGUGCACGACAAAAAAAUAAAGAUAUACAACAAACAGAAAUAAUUCAACAAAAUAUAAAAAUAAAAUUUGAAACUGUUUCAGAAAAAGCAAAAGAUGAAUUGAAUAAUUUUAAAAAUCGACGAGUACAAAUGUUUCGUAAAAAUUUAAUUGAAUUAACUGAACUUCAAAUAAAACAUACAAAAUCUCAAAUUCAAAUGAUCAAAAGUGCCCUACAACAAUAUGAAACAAUCUCAUCAUAA